CUGCCUGGAAUCCACUUCAUAUCAGCAGAAAUGGCCAAUGCAUCAUCUGGAAUUGUUGUGGAUAAUGAUUGCAAGCUCAAGUUUCUGGAGCUGGAGAGCAAGAGAGCUCAUCGUUUUAUCACAUUUAAGAUUGAUGACAAGCUAAACAUGAUUACAGUGGACAAGCUCAGUAACCCUAGUCAGACUUAUGAUGAUUUUACCGCAGCUCUCCCUGAGACAGUGUGCAAAUAUGCAGUUCAUGAUUUUGACUUCGUAACUGAGGAAAAUUGCCAGAAGAGCAAAAUAAUUUUUAUUGCAUGGUCUCCUGAUACUUCUAAGGUCUGUAACAAGAUGCUUUAUGCAAACUCUAAGGAUAGGUUCAGAAGGGAACUUGACGGGGUCCAAUGUGGAGUCCAAGCAACAGAUUCCUCUAAGAUCGGGAUUGAGAACAUUAGGGACAUAACACGCUAAGCUACUUAGGUUUGA